UAUUCAGUCUAUAAUCAAGAUGCGCAAGGUAUUGUUUUUCCUCGGACUAUUUCAAGUGAUGCUGCUAAUGCCAGUUCCAAUUGAAAGUGAUUUGCGUUCACUACUAGGCAGCGAACCAGUUUGUAGCUAUCGCAAUUCGGAGGAUGAGACCAUAUUUCUAAAGUAUUUGCCGUUGUUAAAGAAGGGCCAGGACUAUGUGGACUUUGGCAAGGACGGCAAAUGCCUGAAGCGCGCUAUUUGCACAGACACCUUUAGAACCAUUGUAGAAGACUGUGCCCAGUACAAGAUCAGCUGUAACAAUAAGCAACGCUUUACAGGCGUCUUUCCCGGUUGCUGCAUCAAGUGCACCUAAGAAUUUUUUGGCAUUUUACAAAUGGUUAUAAACAAUUAAUAUUCAUAACAAAUAUUGUUUCCAUUGUUCAGUUAGGUAUUUUAUUUAUAAUUUGUGGUUUUUAUUUGUCAGCUGUUAUUUUUUUUCAUUUCUCAUAAAUUUGAUUUUGUUUACUUGUAAUAUCUUAGAGCGGUCCAGUUUCAAUAUACUCUAAGUGCCUUUCCAUUAACAUGUUUUAGAUUUAAUUUGUUUGUGUGUAUCAGGCUGUUGUCGCCCAUUUGCUUCUAC